AUGGCCACCCUCACUCCCGCCUCCGCGGCGGCCCUCGCCCGCCUCCGCGCCUACAAGCCUCCGCCGACCCAAUACUUUAACGUCCCGCUCGCCCGUCGCGCCGCUGUGCUGAUUCUGUUGUUUGCCGACAAGCGCGGCGAUUUGCGCGUCGUGCUGACCAUGCGCGCCGCUGGCAUGAAUACUUACGCCGGCCACGCCGCACUUCCUGGUGGCCGCGCCGACGCCCUCGCCGAAACCCCCUUCCAGACCGCCCGCCGCGAAGCGUGGGAGGAAAUCGGCCUGCCGCUCCACGACGCCAAGCUGCCGCCGCCCUUCCGCGUCGAGCACCUGUGCCAGAUGCCCGCCAACCUCGCCCGCACCGAGCUCGCCGUGCGCCCGUGCGUCGCCUUCCUAGCCGCCGACCGCGCGCCAACCUCUUCUUCUUCUUCCCCCUCGUCCUCCUCUUCCUCUUCGUCGUCCUCCUCCUCCCCCUCCCCCUCCUCCUCCACCACCACCAGCAGUAGUCCCUCUCCUUCGUCCCCGCCCCCGCCAUCCGCCGAAGACAUCCUCAUCCCGCGCCUCUCCCCCCACGAAGUCGCCGCCGUCUUCACCGCCCCCUUCCGCGGCUUCCUGCUCGCCGACGGCGAGGUGUCGGCGAGCGCGGGCGAAGCCGAAGCAGGCGUCGAGGCCGCCGGUUUCCCCGCGCCCUGGUACCGCGGCCAGUGGACGGAUUGGCACGAGAGUCGGUGGAGGAUGCAUAAUUUUUAUGUGCCUGCGCCUGUGUCGGGGGCGAAGGGGGCGGCGGGGGCGGGGACAGAGGAGGCGAAGGCAAAGGCGAAGGGGGCGAAGGGGGCGAGGGCGAAGGGUGAGGGGGUUAGUGCUGGGGGUCGUGGUGGUACUGCUGCUGCUGGGGGAAACGAAGCCGCCGCCGCCGAUGACGACACUGACGGCGGCGACACGUUCAGGGUGUUCGGCAUGACGGCGCGCAUCCUGGUCGACGCGGCGCGGGUCGCGUACGACGAGGAGCCGCGCUUCGAGCACAACGCGCACUUUGGCGACGAGGACAUGAUUGCCCGGCUGCUGCGCAUGGGGCGCCUCAGCCCCGAGCGGAAGAAGGGCGACGUGCUCACGAGGGAGGUCUUGAGGGAGGCGGCGAAGCUGUGA